AUGCGGAGAUGGGCCGUUAGCGGAAGACUUGAAGCAGGCCAGUGGGUCGGCUACGCGCCACGUCUAUCUUCCCACCUCUGCCCAGGCAGAGUAUUGACCAGCCGCGCAGGAGUACACGCCAGGACGAGGGUUACAUAUUUACCUGCUGAUGUGUCUCUCUAUAUCUGGAUCCAGUUGGGUGUCUCUUCCAAACAGGUGUUCCAUACCACGAAGUAUAUCCAACUGAGAUGCUAA